UUUAAUAUUUUGUGAGGUUACGUUGUGGUUAUCUUUUGUGUUUAAAUUUCUAGGAUUUCUUUUGAAAUCCAAUUUUCAUCAAUUUAUUUAGUUUUUAAAUGGAUUCAAAAACAAAUAGCAAAAGCGACUUCACUGAUGUGAAGGAAAGUGAAGAUUCGGAUGAAUAUGAAAGUGGAUUUUCAUAUCAGGAAGAGUCAUCAGAGAGUGAACCAGAACUUGAGUGUGACCUUUGGGAUGACGACUGCAAAAUUAUUCCAAAAACUGUUUCUUCCUUUAUAACAGGUUAUCAUUUGAUGCCUACAUGUGGACGUUGCCCAGACAUACAACCAAAAAAAAAACAGAAAAUAGCACCAGAGUUGAAUCCAAUUUUAUUAAGCAGUUCAUUCAUGGAAACAUUCAGAGAAAACUGGAACAAAAAUAUGAAAUUACUUGAUGAUAACAUUGAACUAAUUAAUGUUCCGUUCAAAGUAUGCGUUGUUAAUAACCUUAUUGAUAAUGUGCAUUUCUUAGAAUGUAUAAGACAAGAAUUUUACGAGUUAGACUGGAACAUAAGAAAUAUGGACUUGUAUGAAUUUUUUCAGUCAAAAGAUCUAAAAUAUUUAAAUUAUGAAUAUGUGACAAGCAUACUUAAUUUUCUGAAAACAGACGUAAUGAACUGGGUAGCUAAUUUAACAGGACUAAAUCUGACACACAUUUCGGCAACAUGUAGUCUGUACAGUAAUACAGACUAUCUGUUGGUGCACGAUGAUCAAAGAGAGGAUCGAUUGGUUGCUUUUGUAUUAUACUUGUCAAAGGAUUGGAGUGAAUCUAACGGAGGAGCUUUGCAGCUUUUUAAUAAAGACGAAUGUGGCCAUCCACUAAAAAAUGUAAGAAGUAUUUAUCCAUCCAAUAACCAACUGGUAUUUUUCCCUGUAACUAACGACUCGUAUCAUCAGGUAGAAGAGGUGACAAGCUUAAAUAAUUGUAGAUUAAGCAUAAAUGGAUGGUUUCAUACAAAAUAUCCGCCAAUUUUUCAGACACCGCCAUACAAACCUUUAGAAAAUGGAUUAUACAGUAAAAACUUUAUAAAAGCCAAAGAUGUAGAUAUAGAAUUAGUAUCUUGGAUUAAUGAGGAUUACUUAGAGAUGAAAGCCGUAAAACUAAUUCAGAAACAUAUCGAGGAAAAUUCAGAAAUUUCAUUAAGAAAUUUUUUCAAAAAGGAAUCUUUUAAUGAAAUCGUACAAAGUUUAAAUAACAAAGAUAUAUGUUGGGUGAAGAUUGGCCCUCUUAAUAGGUAUUGUUAUGAAGUUAUGGAUACUAAAAGUGUACCACAUACUAUUGAGAGAUUUAUAAGUUUAUUUCAGUCUACCAAAAUGUUUAGUCUCCUCCAAAAAUAUACCGAUUUAGAUUUAGCAGGUACAAAUGCAUCGAUGAAGUUUGAAUUACAAAGAUGGACUCCUGGAUGUUAUUCUUUGCUAACGGACUACAACUGGCAGGAAAAAAAUGAAUUGGAUCUGAUAAUCUAUUUCGGUUGUUCUAAAGCUUCAGAUGUUAUUGGGGCUCGAACCCAAUAUGUAACAAUAGAAGAUGAAAUACAAAAUGCCCUCAUCACUUUGGAUCCUGAAGAAAACAACUUAAAUGUAGUGUAUCGAGAUUCUGCUAGAUUUACCAAGUAUUUCGGUAAACAAAGUAAGUGUCAAUGUUUUUAUACUUUAAUUUGUUCAUAUUCUGAAUAAAAGUUAUUGGAGUACAAA